GAAAAGAAGGAGAAUAGAGGAGCUGCUGGCUGAGAAAAUGGCUGUUGAUGGUGGGUGUGGGGACACUGGAGACUGGGAAGGUCGCUGGAACCAUGUAAAGAAGUUCCUCGAGCGAUCUGGACCCUUCACACACCCUGAUUUCGAACCCAGCACCGAAGCAUUGUCUGGUUUUCGACAGAUUCAUGUUAUAGACAUGGACACUAUAGAUGUUUCCAAUCUAAAUAGGCAGUUUUUAUUUAGGCCUAAAGAUGUUGGAAGACCUAAGGCUGAAGUUGCUGCAGAAUUUCUAAAUGACAGAGUUCCUAAUUGCAAUGUAGUUCCACAUUUCAACAAGAUUCAGGAUUUUAAUGACACUUUCUAUCGACAAUUUCAUAUUAUUGUAUGUGGACUGGACUCCAUCAUAGCCAGAAGAUGGAUAAAUGGCAUGCUGAUAUCCCUUCUGAAUUAUGAAGAUGGUGUGUUAGAUCCAAGCUCCAUUGUUCCUUUGAUAGAUGGGGGGACAGAAGGUUUUAAAGGAAAUGCCCGGGUGAUUCUGCCUGGAAUGACAGCUUGUGUUGAGUGCACACUGGAACUUUAUCCACCACAGGUUAAUUUUCCUAUGUGCACCAUUGCCUCUAUGCCUAGGCUACCUGAACACUGUAUUGAGUAUGUAAGGAUGUUGCAGUGGCCUAAGGAACAGCCUUUUGGAGAAGGCGUUCCAUUAGAUGGAGAUGAUCCUGAACAUAUUCAGUGGAUUUUCCAAAAAUCCCUAGAGAGAGCAUCACUAUAUAAUAUUAGAGGUGUUACAUACAGACUCACUCAAGGGGUAGUAAAACGAAUCAUUCCUGCAGUAGCUUCCACAAAUGCAGUCAUUGCAGCUGUGUGUGCCACUGAGGUUUUUAAAAUAGCCACAAGUGCAUACAUUCCCCUUAAUAAUUACUUGGUAUUCAAUGAUGUAGAUGGGCUGUACACUUACACAUUUGAAGCAGAGAGAAAGGAAAACUGCCCAGCUUGUAGCCAGCUUCCUCAAAAUAUUCAGUUUUCUCCAUCAGCUAAACUACAGGAGGUUUUGGAUUAUCUAACCAAUAGUGCUUCUCUGCAAAUGAAAUCUCCAGCCAUCACAGCCACAUUAGAGGGAAGAAAUAGAACACUUUACUUACAGUCAGUAACCUCUAUUGAAGAACGAACAAGGCCAAAUCUUUCAAAGACAUUGAAAGAAUUGGGGCUUGUUGAUGGACAAGAACUUGCAGUUGCUGAUGUCACCACACCACAGACUGUGCUAUUCAAACUUCAUUUUACUUCUUAAGGAAAAUAAAUCUGCAUAUAAUAGAAAACUUAUGGAAAAAUAUACUUCACAGAUGCUAAGAAGUUUAAUUGAUGUCAUUUUUAGCAGUAGUGUUGCUGGAAUUUGACCUUUUUUAUAUGAUGAACCACUCUUUUUUAACUUUAUAACUUUCCCUUGAAGACAGAAUUUUGGGGUUAGUGCUUGUAAGCAUUUUCAUUAAUAAUAAGGGAAGCGAUGGCUGGAGAGAGCGAUUAUGAGAAAAUGUAUUGCUUCUUUUGGAGGAGGAGGCAAACACCCUCUUGUGUGUGAAUUUUGUUAUUAUGGUCAAAGAGUGCAUUCCUCAGCUUUCAUUUGAGGACCCACAUAUACAAAAGAUGUCCCUUUAAAGAAAAUAAGGAAUUAUGUUUUAAAUAACAUUAAAUAUUACAGCCUGACAUCUGGAGUAUAUUGAACAUAGGCUAUAUCUUGACUUAAUAUUCAUUUAAUUGUGGUUGUCCAAAUGAAUAUUAAUUAUUGCAAAGUUUAUCUUGUCCACAAUAACUUGUAAAAUGGUGUUAUAGCUGAAUAACUGAGCAUGAAAAUAGAAAAUAUUUUCAUGUGUUUAUUUGCAGUGCCAUAGAGGCCAGUAUGCACAAUAUUAAAACCAAGACAUGGCUGUUUAAAAGUUUAAUGUUUAAACAGUUAUCACUGAUGCUUUUGCACUAUUUAUUAAUAAAAUCAUAUAUUGUCUA